ACGGUUCCGAGCCGGUGUGCUGCGCACAGUUGCGUGGUGUGACCGCCAACCUUCAAGGCCGUGGUUGAACUUUGUCUCUACGGGAGCGUCGAUCUCGGAGCCCCCUGCGGCACUGCCUGCCCUGAAAAAUGCUGGAGGCUGGGUGCGGCCCCAGGCUGGGGGACCUGUUUUUCCUGUUUCCUGAAGAGUUGCCUGCAGCCUGGUCCAGGCAUGUGCAUGCAUGAGCGAGAAACCUGAGCCAGUGCUGAGCAUCCCGACAGCAAGAGCAGGGCCUGGCCAGGGCAAUGGCGGCAGAUCUGGACUCCUGGAAUGGCACCAUCAAUGGCACCUCAGAUGGAGAUGAACUGGGCUACAAGUGCCACUUCAACGAGGACUUCAAGUACGUGCUGCUGCCUGUGUCCUAUGGUGUGGUGUGCGUGCUUGGCCUGUGUCUGAACACAGUGGCACUCUAUGUCUUCUUGUGCCGCCUCAAGACCUGGAACGCCUCCACCACUUACAUGUUCCACCUGGCUGUGUCGGACGCACUGUACGCGGCCUCGCUGCCGCUGCUGGUGUAUUACUACGCCCGCGGCGACCACUGGCCUUUCAGCACGGUGCUCUGCAAGCUGGUGCGCUUCCUCUUCUACACCAACCUCUACUGCAGCAUCCUCUUCCUCACCUGCAUCAGUGUGCACCGGUGUCUGGGCGUCUUACGCCCUCUGCGCUCACUGCGCUGGGGCCGGGCCCGCUAUGCCCGCCGCGUGGCAGCGGCCGUGUGGGUGCUGGUGCUGGCCUGCCAGGCGCCCGUGCUCUACUUUGUCACCACCAGCACACGCGGGGCUCGCAUUACCUGCCAUGACACCUCGGCACCCGAGCUCUUCAGCCACUUCGUGGCCUACAGCUCCGUCAUGCUGGGCCUGCUCUUCGCGGUGCCCUUUGCCAUCAUCCUGGUGUGUUACGUGCUCAUGGCACGGCGGCUGCUGCAGCCAGCUUACGGGACCUCGGGAGGCCUGCCGCGGGCCAAACGCAAGUCGGUGCGCACCAUCGCCGUGGUGCUGGCUGUCUUUGCCCUCUGCUUCCUGCCUUUCCAUGUCACCCGCACCCUCUAUUACUCCUUCCGCUCACUUGACCUCAGCUGCCACACCCUCAACGCCAUCAACAUGGCUUACAAGAUCACCCGGCCGCUGGCCAGCGCCAACAGUUGUCUUGACCCUGUGCUUUACUUCCUGGCUGGUCAGAGGCUCGUCCGCUUUGCCCGAGAUGCCAAGCCACCCACAGACCCCACUCUUGCCACCCAGGCUCACCGCAGGCUGGGCAUGGGCAGGUCUGACAGAACUGAUGCGAAAAGGACAGAAGAUAUGUCGGCCAGCAGUGAAAACUCUAGGCGGAUAGAGCCUACACUGGCAGGUAGCGAGAACACUAAGGACAUCCAGCUGUAA